AUGGCAACCAUUAUCCAUAUUGAUAAUUGUUCAAGCAUGUCUUUGCACUUAGCUUGCAAAAAUCAAAAUCUAGAACUUGUUAAAAUUUUGCUGGAAAAUGGUGAAAAUCCAAAUGCUAUCGACGAUGAAAUGUUCACUCCUCUUCAUCGAGCUUGCACAUCGAAAAGUGACGUGACUGUAACAAUAAUCGAACUACUAUUGAAACACAACGCAAAUAUUGAAGCGGCUGAGAAUGAAUGUCGUUGGACUCCACUUUUUACAGCUUGUCGCGAAGGAAAUGAUGUAGCAGUUAAAUGUCUUUUAGAAAAUCAUGCUAACCCUAAUACCAUGGAUUUGCUGGGUUAUACACCUCUUCAAUCGACAGCCUUUGUUAACCGGAAUGGCACAUGUAUAAGUUUAAUACAAUUAUUGUUACAAUAUCAUGCCAAUAUUGAAGCUAGAGGUUUGAUUAGCCGAACUCCACUUUUGUUGGCUUGUUACAAUUGUAAUUACAUAGCAGCUAAAUACUUAUUAGAUAAUCAUGCUGAUCCUUUUGCUGUUGAUAAUAAUCGUUCUACAUCUCUUCACUUAGUUUCCACGGCAAAUACCUUCAACAGUUCAACGAAAAAUAUGACUGUUCCGCUUAUAGAACUAUUACUACAACACCAUGCGAAUAUUGAAGCUGUGGACAAUAUGAAUAAGACUCCACUCAUGAUAGCGUGCACGAGUGCCAAUCACGAUGCCGUAAAAUGUCUCUUAGAUCAUCAUGCCAAUGUCGAAGCUGUCGAUGAACUAGGAACAACUCCACUUAUGUUGGCUUGUUGGGAAUGCAAUUAUGAUACAAUAAAAUGUCUAUUAGAUCAUCAUGCCAAUAUCGAAGCUGUAGAUGAACAAGGAACAACUCCACUUAUUGCAGCGAGUAGAAAUGGGAAUAAUAAUGCAAUAAAAUGUCUAUUGGAUCAUCAUGCUAAUAUCGAAGCUGUAGAUGAACAAGGAACAACUCCACUUAUUGCAGCUUGUAGAAAUAGAAAUAAUGAUGCAAUAAAAUGUCUAGUGGAUCAUCAUGCAAAUAUCGAAGCUGUAGAUCGAGAGGGUAAGACUCCACUCAUGAUAGCUUUCAAUGACGACAAUCACGUUGCAAUAAAAUAUCUUUUGGAACAUCGUGCAAAUAUUGAAACUGUAGAUUCAACAGUUUGGACUCCAUUUAUGGUAGCUUGUAAUAAUAAUCAUCAUAAUGCGAUUAAACCACUUCUAGAUUUUGAAGAAUAUCGAAAAUUCAAAAUUUUGCAUUACUACGUUUCUAACUGUUCAAGAACACCUUUGCACUUUGCAUGCAAAAAUAAUGAUCUAGAACUUGUUAAAAUUUUGCUGGAAAACGGCGAAAAUCCAAAUGCUAUCGACGAUGAAAUGUUCACUCCUCUUCAUCGAGCUUGCACAUCGAAAAGUGACGUGACUGUAACAAUAAUCGAACUACUAUUGAAACACAACGCAAAUAUUGAAGCGGCUGAAAAUGAAUGUGGUUGGACUCCACUUUUUAUAGCUUGCAUACAUAAUAAUGAUGUAGCAGUUAAAUGUCUUCUGGAAAAUCUCGCUAAGCCCAAUGCUAAUGAUCGGAUGGGUUAUACACCUCUUCACUGGAUUUGUUUCUGUAAUAGUGAUGACAUAGCUUUAAGUAUAGCACAAUUUCUGCUACAAAAUCAUGCAAAUAUUGAAGCUAGAAGUUAUAACGGUCGAACUCCGUUUUUGAUGGCUUGUUAUAAUUCUAAUUACGUAACAGCUAAAUUCUUCUUGGAUAAUCAUGCUAAUAUUUUUGCUAUUGAUAAUGAUGGUUUUACAUCUCUCCACUUUGUUUGCGAUAGAAAGAAUGAUAUGACUGUUACGCUUAUAGAACUACUGAUACAACAUUAUGCAAAUAUCGAAGCUGUGAACAAAAAAGGUUGGACUCCACUCAUGGUAGCUUCUAAUCGUGGCAAUUGCGAUGCAAUUCGAUGUCUUUUCAAUCAUUAUGCCAACGUAAAUCAUUCUGAUAAAAAUAAUUCAACUGCUCUUCACAUUGCUGUUGAACGGCAAUCUGUGAAAACGACUGAAUGUCUUAUAGAAUGUAAUGCUGACAUUAAUCUUCUCGAUAAAGAAAAUCAAACGCCGUUCGAGAAAGCCGUAAAGAUGUGGUCUCUUGAUGAGAGCUGUUCUCGGUAUAUAAGAGACAUUUUAAAAUUUGAAGUAGUUAAAUUGAAAGUCGCUGGAUUGAAAAUACAUGAUCAUAAUUUGAAUAUACUACAUCAGCAUGAGGAGGAUAUUUGUUUAACCAAACCAAGUUUGACAGCUGAGAUUGAACGGAUGAAAAAGAAAAAAAUUCUUAAUAAUGAAAUUACGUUAUAUAAUGUGUUGGAAAAAAAUAUCUCUUUUCUUUGUCAAUUUGUUACUGAUGAAGGAAUCCAGCAACAACUAAAUGAGAAAUACUUGAAUAAAGAUUUCCAAUUAUAUAUAAACAUUGUUCAAAAUCGAUUCCGAGAAACAAUAAUUCAAUACACACGAAAUGACUUGAUAAAUCAGGCCAUAGAGUAUUUUAGGUUUAAUAUUAAUCAACAAUUACCUAAUGAAAUUCUGGACUGCAUAUUUGCUUCUUUAAGUAUUAGUGAGUUAAAAUGCUUUGGCAAGUCAUUUCAGGAUGCUCUUGGAUGA